GUGAAUACCAUUGUGUUCAAAACAUCUUUCCUCCUGGUUCUUUUAUCUCUCUUGCAAUCUGUUUUUGCCCAGGAUUUUAUCAACUCGUGCGAUGGAAUCUUGAACGGAACCCGCUCUCAAAUCUGUCUGUCGGGACAGUGCCCACUACGAUGCUACACAAAUCCUUCAAACGAUCAGAGCUGCGAUCAAGUGUGUGUGGUGCAGCCAUGUGCUGCUCUAAGCUGCAAUUCGACCAAUUGCCUGCAGCGCUGUUUAUCAGGGGGGUGUAACUCGCUGGUAUGUACAGGCGCUGAUUGCACGCAAACCUGCUUGGGAAACUGUUCUGAAAUAAACUGCACAGUGACGGCAAAGUGCAACCAGCAGUGCGAGAAGGGGCACUGCGGCUUACGUGGCAUGGGUUAUGGUGUGGUGGAGCAGACCUGCGCUGAGAACUGCAAAGAUGUGAAAUGUAAGGCUGACAGGUGCAGACAAACCUGUGCAGGAAACGGGUGCAGUUUGGAGUGUCCUAUGGGUAAGUGAAGUAAUAUUCAUGGUCCUCGGAAUAACCAGAGACAGAUCUUAAGUGGGGGUGUCCUUUGAUAUCCGUGAAACCCUCGCUUAUUCUUAAACCUAACUAGGAGCUACUUUAAUGUGCUACUGCCCUAACCCUAAUUCUGACCUUGUAUCUGAGGUGACCCCUCCCCGCCACCCCUUACCCAAUCGAAUUCCUCGAUCCGCACCGGAAUGAAAUGUUGAAAUAAAACCGUAAUGAUCACAUGUAUCUGUUACAGGUUCUAGAGAGUGCACACAAGAUUGCAAAGGUCCUUGCAACAUGAAAUGUGAAGCUUCCGAGUGCGAAAGCACAUGUACCGGUGGUAGAUGCAACUUAGAAUGUGGCAACAGCGAAUCAAACCUCUGCGAGCAGACCUGUGCUCAUGGCACCUGCAACGUCAAGUGCACAGCGAAGAACUGUAAAAGCUCAUGCGCGGGUGGUCAUUGCGCCACGUUCGAUUGUAUCGCUGAUAACUGUACCCAGAAUUGCGGUCAAAACUGUGCCUACAUGAGGUGCCAAUCAAAGCAGUGUGUCCAGACAUGCACCAAAGGGAACUGUGAUAUGUACUGUGAGACCGGAGCAGAGAUGUGCGUGAUGUCGUGUCCCGGAGGAAACUGUAAACUGCACUGCGACGGACAGAAGUGUAGACGUGACUGCUCUGGAGGUGGAUGUUCGCAUUCUGGAUCGGGUGAAGAAGUUAGGAUCAGUACCGCGCAAAAACCACCCAAGGCUGACGCGCCGAGGGUGGUGUCCUUGCAUUUUACGUUAUUCCUGCCUGCGAUAGUAUAUCUCAUUUCCUGUAAGCUAAUAAUGUAA